GAGUUAUUUCCCUUCCACUGUUAACACGUAGUACAACCACAUCAUGGGGACAUCAACACAGUGUGGAUGUAUGAGACAAUAAUACAGGGACAGGAUGAUGGACCGUACGUACGGGGUGGAGGGGAUGAAGGAGACGGACAGUCACGUGUACUGUACCCAGGACCUGCUGGGGAGGGGUGCCACGGGUGACGUGUAUAAGGGGAUAAAUAAGCACACAGGCGAGGUGGUGGCCCUGAAAAUGUUUGAAACGAAGUUUACUUCACAUGUCCAGAGGGAGGUGGAGGCACUGGUGAAACUCCAGCAUCCAAACAUAGUCAGGUUCAUGCAUUGUGAAAAAGAUUGCAUGACAAAGCGGAAUGUAUUGGUGAUGGAACUCUGUGAAAAGGGUAGUUUACUGGAUCUUCUCAAGGAACCGGAAAAUGGCUUUGGUAUGGAAGAAGAUGAAUUUCUCAGAGUCUUCAAACAUUUAGUAAAUGGUACAAAACAUUUGAGGAGUCAAGGGUUUUCCCAUCGAGAUAUCAAGCCUGGUAAUGUCUUGAUCUUUACAGAUGAGGAUGGAAGUAAUGUCUACAAGCUGUCAGACUUUGGUACAGCCAAACCUCUUGGGGACCAAGACUCUUUCAUGUCCCUUGUUGGCACAGAAGAGUAUCUUCAUCCAGACAUAUACAAGGCUGCAUUCAUAGACAACAGGAAUUGUCAGGGAUUUGAUAUCUCAGCAGAUAUGUGGAGCCUUGGUGUGACUUUCUUCCACGCUGCCACAGGAGUAGUACCAUUCCAUGCAUAUGGUGGCCGUUUCGACAAGAUCAAAACGUAUGAGAUUCUGUCAAACAAAGCAAAAGGUGUGAUAUCUGGUCAGCAGCUGGUCAGUGGGGGCCCCAUAGAGUGGAGUACAGAGCUUCCAAACACCUGUAAACUGACCAGGCCUCUGAGAGACCGGGUGAGGGACAUUCUUGUCCGAAUGUUUGACAGUGCCAAGGACAUGUCCUGGGGAUUCGACCAUUUCUUCAAUGCUGCAGAUGCACUCAUUGACCCCAGUACCCUGCAGCUGCAUGUUUUCUCCUCCCUCAAUGGUCAGCACUAUCUUAUGUUUCUGGACAGGGACUCUAGGUACAAGGCCUUGUCAGAGGAGAUAAAACAGAUCCUGGGGCUGGCAGCUGAUGACCAGGUUAUGCUUUGUGAGAAUGGGGACAUUGAUGGAACUGUGAUGCCAGAUACACCUAUCUCUCGCUACCCACACACAUCCAGGGCUGACCCACUCGUCCUGCUGCCAGCUAAGACUGAGGAGAGCAGUCCUCAUGUGUUUAAACUUGAAGGCUUUGAGAAGGUCAUUGACAAGCCCUGUCCUGCAUUCCCCACCAUAGUCAACACUGAUCAAGACUACAGACUGGCCAAGAAAAUGUGUGAGGUCAUACAUCUGUCCAGAAAGAUGGUACACUCAGCAGUACUCUCACAGAAACUCUUCACUAGAACUAUUGCCAGACAUGGUUCAAUGUUUCACCAGAAGAUACGUCAACAUCGACGAGACUUUGAUUUUAUCUGGGAGAGAUUUGACGAUGUCUCCUGUUUUACUACAGAUGAGAUGAAAAAGCACGCGCAUGGCUUUGCCUGUGUAUCUAAAGAUGGUGAGGUCAUCGAUGAUAACUUUGACAGUAUACGCGAAAAGCUUCAGAAGUGCGGCAAGAGGCUGAAGAAUGUCAGUGAUGAGUACGAGGCUGCUAAGGAGGCAUGGAGUAUAUCUGACAGUACCGUCCUACAGAACCAGCAAUGGGAAGGGAAGGCUGACAGAGUUGUUGAUCUGAGCAAGGCACGGCUCCAAAAGUUCAGAGAAUACAGAUGUAAGCACCGUCUGACGUACCAUGAACAGAAAAUGUUUGCUUUUGACAGGAAGGCAAUGGAGGAUCUCCAUAAGAAAGCUCUUCAUGGCUUUGAGGAUUGUCGGAAAAGUUUGGAAGAAACACAUCUAAAGUUCAUCGUAUGGCACAGACAUUACACUGGAUUUUCACAAAGUAUCAAAGAGCUUGGAGGAAAACUAGAAGAUCUGAGGUCAUCCAUUGGGGAUCUUGUGAAAAUUUUGCAGGGCGUACCUGAAACACUACCCCCACCACAGAAACCUGCAUCAUUGAUCAGAAAGUCCUUAGCACAGGACAUGAAGUAUGGAGUGGAUGGUUUUGGGAAAGAAUUGACGGAGAACCAGUCUCUGGUAGAAGAGACUCGUGUACAGAUAGAAAGUAUGUCGGAACUCCUGAAGGACAUGAAUGACGAUCUACCAGCGGUCAUCGACCCUGACAUGGCAAACACAUGAUUUACGUUCGAAAAACGAUCUAUAAAUAUUUGAUUUACUGUUAGAUGUCUACCUAUAUGACGUUGACUACGACGGAGGCGUCAGGAGAUCUUUGUCGGAGGAGCAAUAUGGCAGAAAAUCCGUUUGUCAUCGACUGUAAUUAAACUACUGUUCUUCAGAACAAUGAUCUUUUCUGGAUUUGACAUGACGUAUUAGAGCUCUACCGGUUUACAUAUCAAUUAACGAGUGUUUAUACCUCAUCAUUAACCAAGCAACACUUAUCUUAGCCCAUGCUAGCGCUGUGUGCCAAUACUUUCUGUCAAAUUUAUUCUUUAGAAGUUUUAAUAAAUGCCAUCGGUAGUAAAAUUGUGGAGGAGGAAUUGGUUCAUAUGAAUUACGUAUUCAAGUACUAUUGCAUACAUGUUUUUGAAUGAAAAUUGGCUUGUGAGCUGUUAUUGAUAUCAGAGACCUACACUGUAUAUUAAUUUAGUAUAUAGGUCUCUGUUAAUAUUAACUCCGUCGUUCUAUCUGUGGAGUCUCUUAGUGGAGUGAAUUGUUGGUCGAUUUACUGGACCAAUACGUUGUGUUAACUAAAUUGAUGUCGUCGCCGUCGCGAUAAUUUGCGUACAUGUAGUUGGGAUAUUGGGACGUUUUUUUGCGGUUAGUAUUUAAACCGUCGUCAAAGAAUGUGCCAUGGGGAUUUCCGUUUGAGACAAACUCCCCUCUGAUUCAAAAUAUUAUAUCCGAAAAUGAAUAUGAAGGUCGCAUUGUCUCUUAUAUAAAGUAUUUUCAUACAUUGAAGUAAACACUAUUAUUUAUGAUUCAGCUUGUUUUAACAGACGAUUUUGCUUAAGAAGAAAUCUUUUGGGUAAGCAUUUUAUUUUAGAUAUCUGUGGUAUCAAAUUUCUAUGGGACUGUUAAGAAUCCUCCAAACCACCUAUCGCUACCUAGAUAUCAAAAAUUGAAAUGUGAAAACGCUAAGGUUUAAAUUGUGUCAUAAAAUAUCUAAUUUGCAAUAUAUAGGUCUUAGAACCAAUAUCCAUGCCAAGUUUCAUUGGUAUUAGGUUAGUGUUUUCUUAGAAAAAUAUCAUAAAUGUAGCAACUGAAAAAUAUAUAGUACAUGUAAUCAUAAGAGGAAGAAGAAAGUACGAGUAAACAAUAAAUCCGCCACUUCGCUUUGAUGAUUUAAUAAAUGGCUAAAGAAAAAAUUGUAUGAAAGGUUUUAUCUUAUGUUUACGUACAUUUUGUAUUGGUGUUAACCAGGACGUUAGCUGGAUGAUUUGGAGAGACAUCUGUGAAAGAUAACCGAUAUAGACGUACUGGUCACUUCAGAAAACUUCCUCCACAGUUUUAUAUUGAUAUGUAACUCGGAAAUAUUAAAAUAAUAAACCAAUGAUAACAUUAAUAUAAGCUUAAUGAAUAUAUUUAUGCAGAAAUAUAACAUGUAUCGUAAUCAUGAAUAUCAGUUUCCACAUGUUGAUGUUAUAUCGAAGCGCUUAUGCUCAACACUCUGGGACAAUAUUGAUGAUAGGCGCUUAGCAAUUUGAAUGAACAAACGCCAGGGAUGCUUGUAAAUACUAGUAGAAGCUCUUUGCCUUCUUUGUUAUCUUUGAUAACCAUUGUGAUAUUUUGUUUCCUAACAGAACCGCUCUAGUUGAUAUUUAUAGUUAAACAUUCCUAUUGUCUCUACUGGGACCAUAUGAUUAGUGUCCAAUAUGAUUUUGUAAUGUGAUGUUUUACAUGAUAAAUAAAUAACUAAGUUAAUGAUGCUG